AUGGAUCUUCAAUCAGCUCUAUCAGAAGCGUUUGAGGCCUGGCAGCCGAGGGCUCCAGAAGUCACAGAGAGAACUAAGUGCAGUAUAUUGCUGGAAUGGCCACAGGAUGGUCCUUUUGAAUUUCUGAGUGGUGACUUUCUGUACAGGCUCGAGAGGAAUGAGAAGAUACCACCAUGGGUGGUCGCUUAUAGUGGUGGCAAAACCUCGAAACUCAUAGACUACCUAGCACCAAGGCACCCUUAUAGAUUCCGUCUCAAAGUGAUUCUCAAAGCGACCGCAUUGCCUUCGCUUUCACAAAAGGCGCUGGAACACUACGGCAGUCAAGAUGCAGUGAUAGAAAAGCUGAAAGAACUAAGAAUAAAUAAAUCUAGUGAAGUGGUAUGUGAAGACAACUUUUCUCGUGAAGAGAAUACAGAAAGAAUACAGGAACACAAAGAAAAUCAUACUCUAUCAGAUGAUAAGCCGCUACAAAAGCAACAACGCAAGUGGCUAGAGUCACAGUGGUCUGAAGAGGUGUGGACGAGUACAGACACGGAUGGAACGUCAGCUGUUUGCUUCUGCAUGGCUGUCAGGUGCGGGUAUCUGAAGCAGAUCCAAGUAAUGCUGGAAGAAAAGCCAUCGUUAAUCGGGACAGUCAAUUCCACUAAUGGGUUCACACCGCUCGCGACGGCUGUCAGGAAAGGAGACAUAAACACAGUCCGGCUGCUGGUCUCGUCGGGUGCAGAGUUAGACCAGCCAUCCGCGACGGGGCAGACGCCGCUGCAUCUGGCUGUUCUAGGCAGCCAUACCGCUAUAGUGGAGUAUCUGCUCGACUGGGGCGCUGACUUUGAGGCUCGUGACCUGAACGGGCUGCGGGUGGAGCACUAUGCGGUGGACUCCUGUAACCUAGAGACCUUGCGGCUGGUGCUGGCUCGUGGCGGCGACCUGACUGCCACCGACAACAACGGAUGGACGCCUUUAUUCAGAGCGCUGUGCCAAGGAGCCAAGUCUGAAAUCAUAGAGGAACUAGUACAGCGCGGGAGCGACGUGGAAAUACGCGACCACGCCGGCCUGCCGCUCACCUCUGUUGCCAGGCUUUUGAAGAACAGACACGGCCGCAGCCGGGACUCGAUCCUGCGGCUUGUGGACUCGCAGUACCCGCACGAGAAGGCGCUCGCCAACUUCACGCGCCUCACCAAGAAGAUCUACAACGUGCACACGCUUCUCAAGUGA